UACUGGAUUUCCUCCAGUUGAUUGUGAAAAAGGUUCUGGAACAUUUGCUGUGUUCAGAAGAGCAAUGAACUGCCAAUACAAUCUCUUAAUUUUGUUCCUCUGUGGCUUCGCUGCACUCUCUGUCUCAACAGAGACAUGUGGAAAAGAUCUACUAGUGGGAACGUCCUGCAUCAUUAAGCGGACAUCAAGAAACAAAGAGAAACCACCUGAGAUAAAAUGGGUCCACAACAUAAACGGCAACAUUCUUCGCUGGAAAGGUGGGACUGUCAGAGGAAUAUAUGCAGGUGUAUCUAUGGAAGAAGAUGGAUCAUUAAAAAUGUCAAAAGUUAGUCUGAAGGACACGGGCAUAUAUAAAUUCACCGAAUUUAAUGCUGAUGGUGCAGAGAUUGGUACAAGAGAAGUGGAAAUUAAAGUAUAUGAAAAGGCCCCUAAACCCACUGUGAGCAUCAGAUGCACAAAAGAUGGGAAUGCGACUCUCUCCUGUGACAUCGGAAACAGAGAAGAUCUGACUCUAUCCUGGUAUAUAGAAGACAACAUUAUCCAGAAUGAGAAAACACCUCAAGUGUUCUUGUCAUUUACUGAAGUACAGGAGAAUAAACCGUACUCAUGCGAGGCACACAAUCCUGUCAGCAAAGAGAAAAGUGAGAGUAUUACAGUGUCAUGUCCAGGUUCAGGUUCAGGUUUUGAUAAACUCUUUGGCUUUAAUUUCUGGGUCAUGGUGGGCAUCCUAGCCGGCGGAGGAGCCAUUCUGCUUCUGCUGAUCUGUGUUCUCAUCAUCUGUGUGUUUAAAAGAUGUCAGAAACACCAGAGGCAGGAGAAAGCAGAGGAUGAAAAGAUGGAGGGUUUAACAUGA